AUGGCAGAUCAACUUGUUUUGGGUUAUUGGGGAAUCAGAGGAUUAGCUCAACCAUUGAGAUAUUUGGUGGAAUACUUGGGAUUACCAUAUGAAGAAAAAAGAUACCUCAAGCCUGAAGAGUGGUUCGGUGGACUUUGUUAAGCUCCAUUCAACACUCACGUUCUUGUCAACCUCCCAUACAUCAAGGAUGGCGAGAAGUACGUCUAUGAGAGUGCUGCCCUUUAUGUCUAUUUGGCUCACAAGGCAAAUAGACCUGAUCUCUUGGGAUCCACACCAGACGAAUAAGUAGCUGUGGCUUAAGUGAGAGGUGUUAUCUAAGAUGCCUUGAAAGGUUUCUUCCACCUUAUCACCCUCCCUGAGGAUCAAUAUGCAGCCAAGAAAGAGGAAGUCUACGCCAAUGAAGUUGCUUGGUUGAUUGAAAGAUUAGACAAAUUCAUCGAUGGAAAGACAUGGGCAGCUGGAGCCAAUCUUACAUACAUUGACUUUGGACUCUUCGAAUUAGAAGAAACUUUGAAAGCUUUCCAUCCAGAAUCAUGGGCCAAGUUUGCCAACCUCUAAAAGCAUCACUAGGAAUUCUCAAACAUUCCUUAGAUCAAGGAAUAUUAGGCUUCAGGAAGAUUCCUUGCUGGUCCCUUCUAUCCACCAGGAAGAUUUAGAUGGGGAUUCUGAUUGUUACAUUAUGCAUUUAAUAUAAAUAUAUUAAAUAGAACCACCAAUAUAUUCAAAAUAAAAAAA